GCCCGCUACGUCCACGCCCCGCCCCCUUUCCCGCUUCCUCUCGCGAGAACUUAAAGACAUCUGCACAAACAACAGAGAGCUCACUUCUGCUUCCGGGUCAAAGGUCGCGGUGGGAGGCUCACGGAGGCCGGCGGUUUCCCUUCCCCCUCCUCCUCCUCUUCCUCCCCCGGGGCUCCUGAGUCUCCAGGAAAAGGGAAAUGGAGCGGGAGUGAAACCGCCGUGGGACCCCCCGGCCCCGAACCCAACCCUCCCCUCCCCCUUUUCCCCGCAGUGGUGGAGAAACCUCGGUUUGGGGGAGGCCGGCAGGCAAGCAAGGCACGGAUUUCUUACCCCGUCCAAGGCUCGCCUAGCAGUUGAUGCAGAAAAUAAAGAGAGCUCGGCUGGAAAACGAAAGCACAGAAAGUUGGAGAAGUUCCUUAACCAGCCCAGGAGGGAGGCCAAAGAUGACGGCGGUGGACGCUCUGUCGGACAGUGCUGAGGCUGUGGAGAUGGAGGAGACGGCCGCUUCCCGCUUCCAGGUGGAGAAGCAUUCAUGGGAGGGGCUGCGGGACAUCAUCCACGGUAGCAGGAAGUACACGGGGAUGAUCGUGAACAAGGCCCCCCACGACUUCCAGUUUGUCCGGAAGACUGAAGAGUCGAGCCCUCACUCCCACCGGCUGUAUUAUCUGGGGAUGCCGUAUGGAAGCAGGGAGAACUCCCUCCUCUACUCCGAGAUUCCCAAGAAGGUGCGGAAGGAAGCGUUGCUCCUGUUGUCGUGGAAGCAGAUGCUGGAUCACUUCCAGGCCACCCCCCACCACGGGAUGUAUUCCAGGGAGGAAGAGCUCCUGAGGGAGCGGAAGCGGCUGGGGGUCUUCGGGAUCACCUCGUACGACUUCCACAGCGAGAGUGGCCUCUUCCUCUUCCAGGCCAGCAACAGCCUCUUCCACUGUCGGGACGGAGGCAAAAAUGGCUUCAUGGUGUCUCCUAUGAAGCCGCUGGAAAUCAAGACGCAGUGCUCAGGGCCCCGAAUGGAUCCCAAAAUCUGCUCCGCCGACCCGUCUUUCUUCUCGUUCAUCAACAACAACGACCUUUGGGUCGCCAGCAUUGAGACAGGGGAAGAGCGGCGGCUAACGUAUUGCCAGAAAGGUUUAUCCAGCGUGCUAGACGACCCCAAGUCAGCAGGUGUAGCCACGUUCGUCAUUCAGGAAGAGUUUGACCGGUUUACAGGGUACUGGUGGUGUCCCACGUCGUGCCAAGAAGGUCCUGAGGGCUGGAAAACAUUCCGGAUCCUCUAUGAGGAGGUGGAUGAGUCAGAGGUGGAGAUCAUCCACGUCCCUUCUCCUGCCCUGGAAGAAAGGAAGACAGACUCGUACCGCUAUCCCAGAACAGGCAGCAAGAACCCAAAAAUUGCGCUAAAGCUUGCUGAAUUUCAAGUGGAUAGCCAAGGGAAGAUAGUGCAUGCCCAGGACAAAGAGCUGGUACACCCCUUCACUACGAUGUUCCCAAAGGCGGAGUACAUUGCACGGGCUGGGUGGACCCGAGAUGGCAAAUACGCAUGGGCCAUGCUUCUUGAUAGGCCUCAGCACCAACUUCAGCUGGCUCUCUUCCCUCCUGCCCUCUUCAUCCCAGUCCCGGAGAGCGAGGAGCAGCGUCUGGAGUUUGCCAAAGCCGUGCCACAAAAUGUCCACCCCUUCAUUAUCUACGAAGAAGUCACAGACGUGUGGAUAAACAUCCACGACAUCUUCUACACUUUCACCCAGCCAGAGGGUGAAGUAGAGGAGCUUUGUUUUCUGCGAGCCAACGAAUGCAAGACAGGCUUCUGCCAUCUCUACAGGGUCACCGCCAUCCUGAGGCGGAACAGCUACGACUGGACCCAGCCGUACAUCCCCAGCAAAGGGGACUUCAAAUGCCCUCUCAAAGAGGAGGUGGCUCUAACGAGCGGCGAAUGGGAAGUCCUGGCGAGGCACGGAUACAAGAUUUGGGUGAAUGAAGAAACGAAGCUUGUGUACUUCCAGGGCACGAAGGAUACCCCUCUGGAACAUCACCUCUAUGUCGUCAGCUACGAGUCUCCUGGGGAGGUUGUACGGCUCACUACUCUUGGCUUCUCCCACAGCUGUUCCAUGAGCCAGAACUUCGACAUGUUCAUCAGCCACUACAGCAGUGUCAGCACCCCUCCCUGUGUGCACGUUUACAAGCUCAGUGGCCUGGAUGACGACCCCCUCCACAAGCAGCCGAAAUUCUGGGCCAGUAUGAUGGAAGCUGCCAGCUGUCCCACCGAUUACAUCCCCCCAGAGAUCUUUCACUUCCGUACGCAGGCGGACGUCUUGCUGUACGGGAUGGUGUACAAACCUCACAACCUCCAGCCUGGGCAGAAGCAUCCCACAGUGCUUUUUGUCUACGGAGGACCUCAGGUCCAGUUAGUGAAUAACUCCUUCAAAGGCAUCAAGUACCUGAGGCUCAACACGCUGGCAUCCCUCGGCUACGCCGUGGUGGUGAUAGAUGGGCGGGGCUCGUGCCAGAGAGGCCUUAAAUUCGAGGGGGCCCUUAAGAAUCAAAUGGGCCAAGUAGAGAUCGAGGACCAGGUGGAAGGCUUACAUUACGUAGCGGAGAAAUACGGGUUUGUCGACCUCGGCCGCGUUGCCAUCCACGGCUGGUCUUACGGGGGCUUUCUCUCCCUCAUGGGGCUUAUCUGCAAGCCUCAUAUCUUCAAGGUUGCGAUCGCCGGGGCCCCUGUCACAGUCUGGAUGGCGUACGACACUGGGUACACCGAACGGUACAUGGAUGUCCCGGAAAACAACCAGCAAGGCUAUGAGGCAGGCUCCGUGGCGCUGCUUGUAGAGAAACUCCCCAACGAGCCAAACCGCUUGCUGAUCCUCCAUGGAUUUCUGGAUGAAAAUGUGCACUUUUUCCACACAAAUUUCCUGAUCUCUCAGCUAAUCCGGGCUGGGAAACCUUAUCAGCUACAGAUCUACCCCAACGAGCGACACAGUAUUCGCUGCCCUGAGUCCGGGGAGCACUAUGAAAUCACGCUGCUGCACUUUCUUCAAGAAUACCUCUGACGGGCCAGAGUGUGUGUGUGCGUGUUUGGGGUGGGGAGAGACGGGGACAGGCGUCUCCUGCCCGCCUGCGACUUGUGGACGCUGAUGACUCUCAUGCCUCGGCUCCUCUGGCCGCCUUCCCCUACCUCCAGCAGCCUCCCAGCCCAGAGCGCAAGUCGCCUUGGCCGUGCCUCUCUCCUUUGGGCUGGAGGGGGGGCACCUUGCCCUGAUUUAAUGACAAGAGGGAGCUGUGAGUGCCGCUGCCCCCCUUCCUCUCUGGAUUGGCGCUCCUCUGUCCUUGUUCUAUUCUUUAAGGUUUUCCUUCCCUCCCCCUGUGGCCUUUUUCUGUUUCGCUGCUACUUUUUUGCGCUGGGAAUAGAAGGCAAGGACUUCCCUCCCUCCCCCUCUCACGCUCUCUCCCCCCCCAGCUGCAGUUCUGUGUGUGUCUCUCUGUCUUCUCCUUUCCUUCUUCCCACUGAGCCCUUGCAAGAGAGCUUUUAUCCUGGGCUGAACCCUCCCAGUGACGUGCUGCCAAAAGGGGGGGCGCAAGAGGACAAGGGGGGGAGAGGCUGCUGCUGCCUCUCUGCUUUCCCCUCCAUACUUGGUGCUCUUGCUGUGAUGCGUGAAAGAAGGCGGGCCCUCGGAUGGGGUUGUAGGGCCGGCUCUGUUCAGAAGCACGAGGUGCUGAUGCGUCGAGGCUUCUCCCGUGCCAGCGCAUGGCCGUCCUCUCUGUCGUUGCUUUGAAAGCGAGGGGCAGGCAACCAGCUCAGUUCUCCCCUCUCCAGAACAGCAGUAACAUCUGCAUCAAAAAGGGGGUGGUUGAUGGGUGGGUUGUUGUUGUUAGGGGUUUUUUUUGCAUUGCAAGAUUAUUUAUGCAGCUAUUGUUCCCUCUCCUAUCCCUGUCUUGGCGCUCUGUUACCCCCUUCUCGCCCCCGCUGUCCCAUUGCCCUCCUUCUGCCUGCCUCCCACAUCCCCACAGGCACAUUCAGUUCUCUGCAGGUCAGUGACUGUAACCCUUUUGCCCUCCCAUCGCCACACCUCCUGGUAAAAAGCGUGCUUGUCUGUUCGUUCAUUCCUCCCCCUGUGCGUGCUUGCACACACACAACUUGACACCUCCGCUGGUCUUAGAUCGUACCCAAUCAGCAUGAAGUGCAACAUGGGGAGGUUUAGGAGGAGGGGCAAGGGACGGGGUUCACUACAACUUGUGCCUCAGGGGAGGACCCACCCCUCGCCUACUUGCUCACGCCCUCCCUCCCCCCCAGCAUCUUGCCCCUCAGGGGUGGGGCAAAAUUUAAAGCGAGGAGAAACUUCGCGUUACCUAAAAACCAACUAACCCCCUCCCUGCUAUCCCCUCCCUCCACAAACCACAAAUGACUUGCCCGAGUAUCUUUAAGUGCGUAUUAUGAAAAGAAAAUAUUUUUAUGAUUCUUAUUCUUUUAUAAUUAUGAGUGGUAAGAUGUAGUGACUCAUUAAAAUAUUGGAAACGGGCGCAA